GGGCAUAUAUAGGGCACCUGACCCAGGGAUCUCGCUGACCUGGAAGCUGCUCCGCCAGGGCACCGCUCCUCAGGAUGAAGGUGGUUAUGGGUCCAGAUCCCUCCCUGAUUUACCGUCCCGAUACGGACCCAGAGAUGACCAAAGACAAGGACAGUUUUCGGAACUACGUGUCAGGCCCCCUCCUGGACCGUGUCUUUACCACCUAUAAGCUCAUGCACAUGCACCAGACCGUGGACUUCGUAAACAGGAAGCGCGCCCAGUUUGGAAGCUUUUCCUACAAAAAAAUGACAGUCAUGGAGGCUGUGGACUUGCUGGAUGAGCUGGUGGACGCGUCAGACCCAGACGUGGACUUCCCCAACUCCUUCCAUGCCUUCCAGACAGCAGAGGGCAUCCGGAAAGCCCAUCCAGACAAGGACUGGUUCCACCUCGUUGGGCUCCUGCAUGACCUGGGAAAGGUCCUGGCUCUGUGGGGGGAGCCGCAGUGGGCAGUAGUUGGAGACACCUUUCCCGUCGGCUGCCGUCCCCAGGCUUCCGUGGUGUUCCGUGAUUGCACUUUCCAGGACAACCCUGACCUCCAAGACCCUCGAUACAGCACAGAGCUCGGCAUGUACCAGCCCCACUGUGGGCUCGAGAAUGUCCUCAUGUCCUGGGGCCAUGACGAGUACCUCUACCAAAUGAUGAAGUUCAACAAGUUCUCCCUGCCCUGGGAGGCUUUCUACAUGGUGCGAUUCCACUCCUUCUACCCAUGGCACACGGGCGGUAACUACCGGCAGCUGUGCAACCAGCAAGAUCUGGACAUGCUGCCCUGGGUGCAAGAGUUCAACAAGUUUGACCUCUACACCAAGAGCCCUGACCUGCCGGACGUCCACCAGCUGAGGCCAUACUACCAGGGGCUGAUCGACAAGUACUGCCCUGGUGUCCUGAGCUGGUGAGGGGGUCUCCCGGCCCAGCCUCCAGCCGCUGCUGGCCUGUUCCUCCAGGGCCUCGCUCCUGUUGCGUACAGCACAGCGAGCCCGGGCCUCGCCACCCCCUGCCCACACUCACCAUCCUUACGGCCCCUGCACCAGAUCACAGUAAAGACCUUGGAAGA